UUUUUUACAACAAGUCCAACACGCAAAACCAACGAAACCUCGUGAGCCCCUUUGCUCUCUCGGCGCCUAACCACCUUGCCCACAAAGAGAGAAAAAGGCCCAUGCCUUUCCCACCACCAUCACCACCACCACCAUCACUACCUUAAUUUGAAUUUACCAAAUUGUACCCUCAACGCUCUUCCCACAUUUUCCUUUCUUUUUUGCCUCCAUACCCUCCCUCUCUCUCUCUCUCUCUCCCUUUCUCAUGGCCUCCCACCACGACGACGCCGUUUUACCCGAAGAAGACCUCGACUCAUCUUCCCAAGACGACGAAGAGGACGACGUCGUCGAUGAUGACGAAGACGAAGACGACGACGACUUCAUCAAUUCCGCUUCCCCUUCCACGUCCUCCGCCGGAGCUGACUCCCUCCCCGUCUCUCUCCCCCUCACCACCGCCACCUCCACCGCCACCACCACCACCACCUCCACCACCUCCGUCGUAACUGUCGCCUUGCCUUCCUUACCCAACGGCGAGCCUCCACCAACGCUUGCCACCACUGUGAUCGCCAACCUCUCCGAUCCCACUCGACACCGCAUCAUCGACCAUGGAAACGACGCCACUUUGGCUUUGCAGCCGGAGGAGAAAAAGCCCGCCCUGGAUGACUCCCGGAGACUCUUCCAGAGGCUUUGGACCGAUGAAGAUGAGAUCGAGCUCCUUCAAGGCUUCCUUGACUAUACCUCGCAGCGAGGGAAGACCACGCACCAUGGUCAAAACGACACCGCUUUGUUCUACGAUCAGAUCAAGUCCAAAUUACAAUUGGAUUUUAACAAGAACCAGCUCGUCGAGAAGCUUCGGAGGUUGAAGAAGAAGUAUCGGAACGUUCUCAAUAAAAUUUCGUCCGGCAAAGAAUUCUCCUUCAAGAGUCCUCACGACCAGGCCACGUUCGAGAUCUCCCGCAAGAUCUGGAGCAACCUAGGUCGAAUUGGCGCCGAAGAUAAUGCACUCGACGACGACGAUCCGAACCCUAACCCUAACAAUCCCAAUUCCUUCAACAUGGAGUUGAAAAGCGAAGAUACAGGGGCGUUCUUCGCCGAGAAGAAGACGCCAAGGUCGCGAAAGCGGUCACGGCCGCAGACGACCGCGUUGAGAACCGCCGACGAAAAACGCGGUUUCAUUGAUAAUUCGGCUUCCAAGGAUAUUACCAAUAACAGUGGCGGCAAUAGCAAAAUUAGCGGUAACAAUAGCGUUCAGGGUAUGAUCGAAGAGUCCCUCAAAAGCUGUUUGUCGCCGUUGUUAAAGGAAUUGCUGAGCAACGCAAUUGGCGGGCCGUGUGGGUCCAGGGGAUUCGGAUUGGCAUUGAAUCCGAUGCCGUUGACUUUUGGCGGGCCGUCGAUGAAUUUCGGCAGCGAAGUGGUGGAUGAAAAGUGGAGAAAGCAGCAGAUUUUGGAGUUGGAGGUUUACUCGAAGCGUUUGGAGUUGGUGCAAGAUCAAAUAAAGUCAGCUUUGGAGGAAUUGCGGUCCAAAGGAGGGUGAUUUAAGAGGUUUCUCCAAUUCAAGGAUGGGACUUUGUAGUAGCUUCUGCAGUUGUUAUGUCUGGUUGUCCAGAUUGGUGCUGAAAAAUGGUUGGUUGGUUGGUCCUGCAGUUGAAAAUUAGAUCCAAACUGCUAUUUUAACUAUUGAUACAAUCGUUCUGCUGUCUAAUCCCCCAACAUGCUCAAGAACCGAGAGCCGCCUAGGGGCUGGACUGGACUGCCAGAGGGAGCCUUUUACCUUCAAUGUCGAACUAAACUUGAGUUCUUAGUUAGUGAGACUCUAAUGAGAGAAAAUUAUGUUGUGAGGAGGCAUUUGAAUUCAGUAUGUUCAGCCUCAAGGGAAAAACUUUAAACUCGGUUACUGUUUGUGUGGAGACGGAGCAAAUAAUCAUUACAUCCCAUUUUUUGUUCCACUCUAAUGGAAAGGAUGAUAUUUGGGUUUUGGUGUGGUGAGCAUGUGAAACUUUCUGAAGUUUCUACAAGCUUUGAUUUCGUGCGUUUCACUGAAAAGAGGAAAAACUAUGAUGGCUUUCAACCCCGAUGGGUAAGAGGAGAAAAUGUUUGAUUGAUUGUAAAUGGAGCGUUGCCAUAAGGAAAGUCCAAGGGGGGUAUAUUAUGUUUGGUAUGUUCAUGCAUUUACUUCAUUUGUUUUAGCACAUGUAAUAAAAGAUACUGGAAAGUUUGGCAAUUCGGAUAUGGAAGGUGAGCAGCUUUCUUGAGAAAGUUUGUUCAUUUCACA